UGCCCUGUCGGAGGGGUGAGUGUGAAACAACAACAGGAAGCGGCAGGGCAGAGUUUGGGGAGUAGCUGCUCAGCCAUUGCAGCUUCGUGGCUCAGCAACAAAACACGAAAAAGCAGAGGAAGACCUGGCAGCCCUCAGGCCCUCUUUUUCUGACCGGGAGACUAACUUACAUGUGUAGACGAGCGAACACACACGUUGAACUAGUCUGCACCUGAACAACGGGAUUCAACAGCUCUGGAUAUGUCAUCCCUAUUGGAUUGGAUUUAUAGUGGAGUCAGUUGCGCACUACAGUUUUUAGGACUGUACAAGAAAUCCGGCAAGUUAGUAUUUCUUGGCCUGGACAAUGGUGGCAAAACAACGCUACUGCACAUGCUCAAAGAUGACAGAUUGGGACAGCAUGUGCCAACUUUACAUCCAACCUCAGAAGAGCUGACGAUUGCUGGCAUGACCUUCACCACCUUCGACCUGGGAGGCCACGCACAAGCCCGCAGAGUGUGGAAAAACUACCUCCCUGCCAUUAAUGGCAUUGUCUUCCUUGUGGAUUGUGCGGACCACGUGAGAUUGGCUGAAUCAAAAGCAGAACUUGUUGCAUUAAUGACAGAUGAGACCAUCGGAAAUGUGCCUAUUCUGGUCUUGGGAAACAAAAUUGACAGAUCAGAAGCCAUCAGUGAGGAGAACCUGAGGGAAUUUUUUGGAUUGUUUGGACAGACGACAGGCAAGGGCAACAUUCCAAUGAAAGAGCUGAACACAAGACCACUGGAGGUGUUCAUGUGCAGUGUGUUGAAGAGGCAGGGGUACGGCGAGGGCUUCCGCUGGCUCUCACAGUACAUCGACUAAAGAAGCCGAAACAUACCGACACCACCACCAUCAGGGGGCGCUAAACUCAACCACUCAAGACGCCCACUGUUGCCACCAGUACCAUCAUACUCAGCCCCAUGUUUGGUUAAACAAAUGCCUCCACCUUUAGAGAAACCAGUACAACUUGAUCCCAAUAGACUUUUAUUGGUCGAACAUUUGGUUCUGCACUUACAACAUUCAUACCUUUAUGCGCACACAUGACAUACACACACACACACACACACACACACACACACACACACAUACACAUACACAUACACACACACACACACACAUUUCCAUCUCUCUGUCUGUUUUAAGAGAGAAACAUAGCAUUGGUUCCACAGCAAAGGGUGUUCAAAUUUAAAUGGAUGAAUCUUUUCUAUAUUGUCGUUUGCUGCCCUGUCUCCCUCCCUGCCAUCUGUUGAGUGUGAUGAUAGACGCAUUAUAACUGUAAAUCUGUACAAAUAUCAGAAACCUCUGGCGCCUCUUUCCCCCUCUCAUCUCAUCUUCAGCAAUGACAGAGAGCAACAUAGUUGUUAACAUUACACACUUUUUUUAACAGUAAAGACAUUCAUUCAACAUUGUAUUCAAUCACUGUUUUUCUUUGUCCUUUUUAUUCUUCUUUAUUCCCCACAUGAUUUGAAUAAAUGUGUCACAUACACAGCCCUCACUAUAGACAUGUGGCUGUUUCACACAUUUAUUUAAAUGGACCAGUGCAUUUAUCACAGUGAUCCAUUUCUUUAGGAUACCUGGAAGUUAAAGUAUUCCUCCAGACUCCUCUAUCUUGUGGGCACAGUAGUAAUGGUGAACUGUGGGCUCCCUUUUUUUUAAAUAAAAAAAGACACAUGGGUGGCAGCGAAGCAAUGGGUGGCGAAUUUUAAUAGAAAAUAAUUACCGGCUAUAACCCAAGCAAGGUUUUAUGAAAUCGUGUAGAUAGCACAGUGGUCAGUUGAGGCAAAGAAAACUAUUUAAGUAAAUGAAGCCUUUGAAUAAAUAGAUAAUAACAUGCAGUGAGAGAUGAAGGCAGGAAAAUAGGGAUGGAUGUAACAUCAAGUAGUAGUUGACAUUAAUUGCUCAUCCUGUUGUAUUUUGCAGCGCAGACCUUUUUACAGGGUGAAUCUAGUCACUAAGGGUAGAAAAAUAAGGACACAAUCCCAUAGUGGGAACAGGUAGUUAGGCUUAUGACACCUCUAAGAAAGGGACCAUGUAUAUAUGAAAUGUACACGAACAUCGUACAUGGAUUUUGUAUUUAUCAGUGGUAUCCUUUGAUCUAUGUGCAUUACCAGAACCUAUUAUGCAUGCCUUGUUCUUUUGAUUUUUAAUGACCAUUACUCCAGAGUACAGCAGGAGGGAAGAAGAUGCCAAAAUUUACAUUGAGAGCUGAUUAUCAUGUUUUGUUUGUUUUUCUUUCUUUUUUACGGAAACAAUGGAAUUGUGCGUAAUACAUACUUUUUCUGUCCCUGUCUCUGUGUCUCUUUCAUUCCCUCAUGACUACGUGAUGAGCUGUUCCAACAAGGGUGGGACUUGCUGUUGUUUGCAUCAAAAAAUGUAAUAAAUGUUUGCAAUGAAUAACAGGCUUUAACAUUGA